CGCGCAUUUUUCGACAUUUUUCCCCAAAAGUCGUCUCUUCUUCUCUAAGAAAGUUCUCUCAUCACUCAGGUCCACCUUGUCACUCAUCUCAGCUAUUUCUUCCGGCGAGACCAGCCGCCUCCUCCGUCCGUGUACCCGACAAAUCGAGAUCGAUUUCAAGAGAUGCAGCUUGUAUUUUCCGGUGAUGGCUUCAAUCGGAUCGACUGCCUCCAGCCAUUUCACAGCUUGAUGCCCGUGCUCUUUCCUCCUCUAUUCCCAUGUCGUUCUCGAUCUAUGCGCCGUCUCUGGUGGUUUUGAAAGGAGGAAAUCCCCGCUGUUAUUUUGCCAUUGAAGCAAGCUUCGCACCAUUCUUUUUCAAAUGUCUGAGCUCUACCAACAGAUUAAGUGUUCUCAUAAUCUCUGUGGUCUGUGGAUUUAGUUCUUGUUGUUGUUCAGAAGCUCAAGUUGUUGAGACACGGACUGAGGCUAAGAAGAAACUUGGAGAGAAGAAUACGUCGACAUUUGAUGAACAUAAGCCAAAAAGACUUCGAAAGGCAAAGGAUACGAAGAAGAGCUCUUCUACCUUAAACAUUUUCAAACGACCUCUUACAGGCUUCUUUAUAUCUUCAUGUAAUGUUUACCAUUACAAAAGUAGUAUAUAUAUAGAAGUAAGGAUAUUAGUUUAACUAUUGGACUAAGACUUAUGUUAUAUAUGAAUUGAUGUUUGGUU